CCAAGGCAUGAUUCUCAAUGUUCCGUGGCGCAUCACACAUUCGCCCUGAACAUUUCUAGCUACUCACCACAGUUGGGUCUGCAUUUUUACCUUUUUUUUUACGGGGGCGGGGGGGUCUGCAUUUUUUACUUUCUUAGAGAAGAAGUUUUUAUUUAUUUUUUGCGUUUAUUCUUUUUUUUAGAGAGAUUUUUUUUUUGAGAGAGAUGGUCUGCGUUUAUUCGAGUCCACUAUUUCGAGGCAUUUGGGCCCAUCGGCGCAACUUCCCGGAACCUAAAUCGAGCCCACCCCAAAGUAGAACGAAGUCGAAUAACUCUCCUCGUCCAGUCGUGCUUAUCUCCACCAACUAAAGUCCAAAGUUUGCCCUGUCUGUUCGUUCGUUUCAACUUUUUUUUUUUGAAUCGACUCCACCGUUGCUCGAUUUGGGGCUUCAACAGUUUCCUCCCUCGCCACGCCACGGGUUGGUUCCUUUCUCUCGAAGUAUUCCUCGCGCAAUGCGAGCUUGAUUUAAUCCCCCCUACUUAAAUUCCUGGGUUUUACUCGUCUGCUGUUUCACGGUAUAUCUUAUCUUGGCUUUGCUUGAUUCGCUCCCCUCGCGCUUCUCGUCUCUUCUUGGCGAGGGUUCUUCUUCUUUUCCAGAGAGAGACGGGGUCGAUCCAUUGAUUGAUUAGGCGGGGACAGACUGCCAUGGGGGUGAGCUGCUCCAAGGAGAACUCGUCGGCGGGGCAGCAGCAUGACCGCAACCGCGACCACGGCAAGAACACCAACCGCUUCGCCAAGUUCGGCGACGAUUACCAUACCCUGGAGCAGGUCACUGAUGCUCUAGCACAUGCUGGGCUGGAGUCCUCAAAUCUGAUCGUUGGGAUUGAUUUCACCAAGAGCAAUGAGUGGUCAGGCAAAGUGUCCUUCCACAACCGGUGCCUGCACGCUUUAGGGGAUAUUCCAAACCCAUAUGAACAGGCAAUAUCCAUCAUAGGGAGAACCCUCGCACGGUUUGAUGAGGACAACCUGAUACCAUGCUUUGGGUUCGGCGAUGCUACAACUCAUGAUCAGCAGGUAUUUAGCUUCUACCCUGACAACCAACCAUGUGAUGGCUUCGAACAAGCACUUGGACGAUACAAAGAAAUUGUUCCACAGCUUCGUUUGGCUGGUCCUACUUCAUUUGCACCUAUGAUUGAGACUGCUAUUGGUAUUGUGGAUAGUACUGGUGGACAAUAUCAUGUCUUGCUUAUAAUAGCAGAUGGACAGGUUACUCGCAGUGUUGACACAGGUAAUGGCAAGUUGAGCACACAGGAAUGCGAAACUAUAGAUGCCAUUGUGAAAGCAAGUGACUACCCUUUGUCAAUUGUGCUUGUUGGAGUCGGUGAUGGGCCAUGGGACAUGAUGAGGCAAUUUGAUGACAACAUACCUUCUCGUGCAUUUGAUAAUUUCCAGUUUGUGAACUUCACAGAGAUUAUGUCAAGACCUAUUCCUACCAGCAAAAAGGAGGCAGAAUUUGCUCUUUCAGCGCUCAUGGAGAUCCCUGCUCAAUUCAAGGCAGCAAUGAAUCUCCAGCUUCUUGGGAGACGAAGAGGAUUUCCGCAUCGAUCAGUGUUACCUCCACCUGUGAGUGUUUCUCAAAGAUACCCUGAAUAUUCACCAGUCAAGCAGACCCAAUCAACUAGCACUAGCUAUGGGUGGCCACAGAAGAAUGCCUCAUCACCUAGACAGGACAGUGAUAUUGGUGAUCAACAGGUAUGUUGUUUCGGUCUUCUAAACAAUAAGAGGUCACAUUAUAAUUCUAUGCUUUUGCAUGCAUACUGUUAUGGUUAUUUGAGACUUGUAUCCAUCCUGAACUCCUGUCUGUGCAGACCUGUCCAAUCUGCUGGACCGAAGCAAAGAACCUGGCUUUUGGCUGUGGGCACCAGACAUGCGCUGACUGUGGUAAGGAGCUGAAGGUUUGCCCCCUCUGCCAGAGGGUGAUCACCUCAAGAAUUAGGCUCUACUGAAGCUCUUUCGAGAAAGCUAUAUGCAAACAAUCACCACUUUGAACACUCUCACGGCUGCGAGCAAAGAAGGUUUUGCUAUCAAGAACAAUGUAAAUUGACAGGGCCCCUAGUAUUGACAGUGUCAUCUUUCAAACCUUAUUCUUAGUGUUGCCAGUAUGUUACGGUCAUGAAAUCAUUUGGCUGUCAGAAUAUUGGUCUUCUCAAUUGGUUUCUGUUUUCUACUAGUACUAUUCUAGUUUGAAAUGAUUGUUCUUCUCAACAGAGUGCACUAUUCUAGUUUGUGCAUUAUUUAGUCCUAUAAUUAGCUUUAAGAAAAUACUAUUCAUGUUAGAAUAUAUAAUUCUAGAAGAAGAAACAGUUUUUUUACUACA